GGCUGUCACUGUAUCACCAAGAAAGAAAUAGUUAAGCAUCACAUGGCUAUAAGCAAAUCCAAAGAAGGAUUUGUAGUUAUGUGGGGUUUUCACAUGCUGCUGCUUCCCCCCUCUCUUUAAUUAUUAAAUACUAAAGUUCUUGACAUUUAAGAAUUCACUAAAAACACGACUGGUUUUCAGUUAAAUAGAAGUCUCUUCUAAGACAAGAUUAUUUUUGAGCUUAGAAUGAAGUUUUUCUCUCUUGUACCUAUUCUUUUCUGGAUCACUUUAUGCUACGCCAAAUGUGAUUGUGACCUUAAAGAUGAUGCUUGUAUUAGUAAAUGUGGUAAGAUCAUGUACUACUUGGUCACAAACUAUUCUAAAUUACAUACAUCAGUGAAAGAAGUCAAUAGCUGUGUUAAUUUAUGUAAAGGGGCUCCAAAGUGCUAUAUAAGCUGUAUUGACAAGAAGUGGUAGUAUUAUUGUAUCAAAGUCAUUUUAUGACAAAUGGUUGACAGUUCGACUUCAAGAGAACAAAAGUCACAAUUUCAUAAUGUAUGUGAAAAAGUAUAAUCCUUGGGUAUUUUAGUACCUUAUUUUUCUCAGUUUAAGAAGCAUAUGAAAUGCAAAAAGUAAACUAACAGAAACAAUAAAAAUUCUAUUUCAC